GGGAUCCGCCCCUCCAAGAAAAAAAUGCCGAGAGGAAAAGAACAAAAAACCAAGUCAUUCUUUGCCCUCUCCUACAGCCCUCUGCCCCGCCACAAAAUCCUGGGAGUGGAGCCAAAGUCGCCAGAAAUCACGAUUGAUUGAUGGACGACGUUGUCUGCAGCUUGGAACAAGAACCCACCUCAUUGCUCUAAAACCGUGCCUCUCCCACCCCGCUCUCGUUCCCCCUUUCCGGCUCCCUUCGACCUCAGAUAUCUUUUCGCUGGGUGUGUUCUGCAUCGGCCGUCCUUCCGCGCCGCCCUGACCCCCCGCGCAAUCGCUCCGAGGUCUUUGCCCAUCGACGCUUUAGGGCAACUCCAAAUCGAUCGACCGACAGCCAGCUCUAGAGGGUGCCCCACCCACAAUCGCAAGCCCAAAAUGUCGGACAAACUUACACGUGUGGCUAUUGUCAAUAGCGACAAGGUACGCAUGCGACGACAGCGCCCUCUGCGCGCGACCCCACCUCGAGGCAGGAUUGGCCUCGGUCCAUGACCAUAAACGGAACAUGGAAAAGCUAAAACAGUCAUAUUCUUGCCGUCAUUAGUGCAAGCCAAAGAAAUGCCGUCAAGAGUGCAAAAAGUCGUGCCCUGUCGUGCGCAGCGGCAAGCUGUGCAUUGAGGUGUCGCCGGAAUCGCGUGUGGCCUUCCUCUCCGAGACGCUCUGUAUCGGCUGUGGUAUCUGCCCCAAGAAAUGCCCUUUCAGCGCCAUUACCAUCAUCAACCUGCCCACGAACCUCGAGUCCCAGGUCACACAUCGCUACUCGGCCAACAGCUUCAAGCUCCACCGCCUGCCCAUGCCCCGCCCUGGAAACGUUCUGGGUCUUGUGGGAACGAACGGUAUUGGCAAGAGUACCGCCCUCAAGAUUCUCAGCGGCAAGCUCAAGCCGAACUUGGGAAGGUUCGAGAAUCCUCCUGACUGGGAGGACGUCAUCAAAUACUUCCGUGGAUCGGAGCUGCAGAACUACUUCACCAAGCUGUUGGAGGAUAACCUGAAGGCUGUUGUCAAGCCCCAAUACGUCGAUCAGAUCCCCAAGGCACUCCGUGCUGGGACAGACAAGAGUGUGAAGGCGCUGAUUGAGGGUCGCCUGUCUCUGGGCAACCUGGACGAGGUUCUCGAUGUUCUUGAGCUGCGACACAUCUACGACCGUGACAUCAACCUGCUCUCUGGUGGUGAGCUGCAGCGUUUCGCCAUCGGUACCGUCUGCGUCCAGAAAGCGGAUGUGUACAUGUUCGAUGAGCCCUCAUCAUAUCUCGAUGUCAAGCAGAGACUGAGUGCCGCACGCAUCAUCCGCUCCCUGCUGCGGCCGGACGACUACAUCAUAGUUGUCGAGCACGAUCUUUCGGUGCUGGACUACCUCUCGGACUACAUCUGUGUGCUGUAUGGGCGGCCGGCUGUCUACGGUGUUGUGACGCUUCCGCAUUCGGUGCGCGAAGGCAUCAAUGUCUUCCUGGACGGCCACAUCCCGACCGAGAAUCUGCGGUUCCGUGACGAGUCGCUUACCUUCCGUAUCGCCGAGGCGGCAGACGAGUUCGUCACCGACCGCAGCCGCUCCUUCAAGUACCCGGCCAUGGAGAAGACGCUCGGCGGCUUCAAGCUGCGGAUUGAGUCGGGCGAUUUCACCGACUCCGAGAUCAUCGUCAUGAUGGGCGAGAACGGCACGGGCAAGACGACAUUCUGCCGUCUGCUCGCCGGCGCGCUCAAGCCAGACUCGGCAAAGAAGGUUCCCGAGAUGAAGAUCAGUAUGAAGCCGCAGACCAUCACCCCCAAGUUUGAGGGCACUGUCCGCCAGCUGUUUUUCAAGAAGAUCCGCCCUGCCUUCCUCUCGCCCCAGUUCCAGACCGACGUCGUCAAGCCGCUCAAGCUCGAUGACUUCAUCGACCAGGAGGUCAAGAACCUGUCCGGAGGAGAGUUGCAGCGUGUCGCCAUCGUGCUGGCUUUGGGUGUGCCCGCCGACAUCUACUUGAUCGACGAGCCGUCGGCGUACCUCGACUCGGAGCAACGUAUCAUUGCAGCCCGCGUCAUCAAGCGCUACGUCAUGCACAUCAAGAAGACAGCCUUUAUUGUCGAGCACGAUUUCAUCAUGGCCACCUAUCUCGCGGAUCGCGUCAUUGUCUUCGACGGCGAGCCGGGCAUCAACGCCCGCGCCAACACCCCCGAGUCGCUGCUGACGGGUUGCAACAGCUUCCUCAAGAACCUCGAUGUCACCUUCCGCCGUGACCCCACAAACUUCAGGCCUCGCAUCAACAAGGCCCAGUCACAGCUGGACCAGGAGCAGAAGCUGGCUGGCAACUACUUCUUUUUGGAAGACGUGGAGAAGUCAUCCUGAAAGGGCGUCCCAGAGGGCAGCCCAAGCUAUAACUCUCCUCCAUUUCUUCAGCAUGACGGUUAUGAUGCAUCGGGUUCCGGCGUUGUAGGCGGCGUGGUCGGCGUUCAAAAUUCCAAUGGGGCGUCCGGUCGUCGUCGUGGACAAGCUGCCAGGCUUGACGAAGACGGCAGUGAAGACGACGACGGCCCGGACAUAAUUGCGGGCUCAGGCGGCAAGUAGUGUUCCCCUGUUGUCUGAUCCUGCGGUUUAUGUAUUCUAGAAUGCCUUCUCUUCCCCUUAUGUUUUCAUUGUCUGAUACCUGCCUGCUUUCGCUUACUCCGGGCCUUGGGGCGCACCCGGCCUCCCCGGGAUUUCUUUUUUUUCAUAUCGUCUCUGAUCCUUGCUAGAUUUGUUCUUUUCUUGGCCUGUUUUCCCUCCUGUUCUUCUGUCAGUCGCGGGGAGGCCUCUCGGAGUCGCGAGGCAGGCUUUAGACAUGGUUAGCGGAGGGUAGGGGAUGGCAUUUUUUUUAUUUUUAUUUUACAUCCGUAGAUUGAGGGGUAACGGGUCAAGCAGGAUGACUGCCGUCAGCGUGGGGGGUUCCAUAAAACCGGCUAGACGGUACACGGACGAGCGAAUGGAUACACGGAAGACUGAAGAUGAUUGAUGUGUACGUACCCAAUAGCUGGGGGUUGGAGAUGCGGUGAAUAGAGCAACCUAUAGAGAUUGCCAUGCGCUUGGGUAGAAACAUCCGAAUUCAAGACUAGAGGUCGGCUCACAACAGUUGGUUACCCAGGAACUUUGC